AAGCAAGCGGAUUGGCUCGCUCCUAUCUAGUGUGUCGUAUGCGCAUUCGCAUUCGCGAAGAGUAUAACAAAUAAGGUCGUUGCCAUGUUAGUUGGUCCAAAACACCAUGACAGUAUUGACAGCGCAUUUUAAAAGAUCCAAAUAAAAUUCCGCGAAUGAAAAGUCGAAGUUGGUGAACAAGUGUGGGCAUUUUGUGAAUUUCGCGUAUUUAUGAACAAAGGAGGCACUGAAGCAAAGCAAAGGCAUCAUUUCAUAACGGGAGUUCUCCAGUGGCGUAGUUGAUUUAUAGGGGGUAGGGGAACCUCUAUCCAAGGUAUAUCAAGUGGAUAACAGUCUUUAACAUUGUAUUGUUCUCUUACCAAGUCGUAAAACAUUCACCUAUUGAAUUUAUCAGAUUCUUUACAAGAAAAUUUACUCCAGACGCUUAUGCAAUUUGGGGUACCGAGUUCGAAUAUGCUCAUUAAAUAAUCGUGAAUGAUAGUAGAGCCGAAUUUGAAGUAUAAAAAUGUUCUCUCAAGGGCAAAUGCCCGGACUCAUUAUUUUUUUUUCAUUUGGGAUAUUGAAUUCGCCGAAUAUGAUCGUCAAAAAAUUAUGAGAUAUCGUGGAGCAAAAUUUGAGGCAAAAAUAGGUAGCUGGAGACCCUUCGUAGAUUUUUAAUAUGUAACUGAUUUGCUCAGAAGACGACACAAAAUCACGGGGGUGGUUGUCUGACUCUUUGGAUACCAUAGAUGGUCAAUAUAACGUAAAAAAAUAUGUAUAGCUCCUGUUUCCAUGUAGACAAUACUUGAGGGAUACAUUUUAGUUUUAUGUUCAUGAGCUUUUUCCAGAAUGGCGAAGUGGCGACUUUCAAGUAAUAUUGAAAGGAACGUCAAAGGCAACUUUGCUUACUGGAGCUUAUCUGAGAGAAUUUGUAUAGCUUCAUAUUCUAAACUUGUAGAGUGAAAAUAGUGCAAUAAACGUUAAAGAGGUUGAAAAUACCGUAAGCGUGCUUUUUCGAAGGAGGGACGUAAAUUUUUACUUUUGCAACGGAGAAAACUUACGUGUAUCUUUUAGUAUUUUUAAAGCGUCGUAAUUCAAAAAUGAUGAGGAAAUAAAUAUGUGUAGGAAAAUCGGCAAAUACUUAUUUUUCUGUGUUUAAGAGGCAAAGUGACAUUUUUUCCAUUUAUUUUGUGACCCACCAUAAAAUUAAUAUCUAUAGAUAUUCCUCCAUAUAAUAUGAAAUGACUACUAAUGCUUUAAAGACGGUCUUAUCAUACUAGACGCUGCCGUCUACUAGUUUGAAGAAUGCAUUUACAAAAUUAUUGUCGCACAUAUAUCGAUAUCUAAUCGCAAAGAGAAAAAAAAUGAAAUGUUCUGGGUCUGUGCUGGAAUUUUUUGGACUUAGAACCCCACAUUUAGAGCCUUGAAAAAUACUUUAUCGCCAUCAAAAUAUUAAAACCGAAACUUGGUGCCCUUGAAUAUAUACUUUCAAACUUGAAACAUGCUAAUUACCACUGCCAUACUUUUGGGGUGAAUAAAUAAAUGGUUCAUCCAAAAUUUGACAAAUUCGCCCAUAUACUCGACUGUACGUAACUGAUUUACCCAGAAGGCUUUAGGUCCUAGUUAACGCAGGAUUUUUGAGAAAAAACAGACUUUGUCGGGCAAAAUUUCCAUUUUCGUUUCCCAUUGCUUCAUGUUAUUAGAGAUGGGCUUCACGAGCAACAGUUGUGAAAAAACAUGUUUUAUUUUUCGAGGUAAAAAGUCUGUUGAAUGAACCUUGCUGCCCUCUUGAGCUACGCCACUGGUAGAACUUGACGCAUGCGCCGUAGUCAGUGUACUGGCGAGAUCGCGUAGCGUCGAAUGUCGAAUAACAAUUUUUGAUUUGAUUUGACGUGUUGUGUACUCCCAGCUUCUUUUAAUUUAUGUGUAUUAUGGUUAUUUAGCCAAAAAGUGCAGUAUCCUCUAACAAACAUGUCGUGGUGUGCGGUGUGUAUAUGUAUAUGACUGUGCCGUUUACCUGCCGAGGUAUUAGGAUGAACCAUAUCUUUUAUCAUGAGGAACCAGCGUGUUACAUAUUCUACCUAUAGUUGGAGUUUGAGAGAAUAUCAGAAUUAAAUACAUGUGGGUUACGUUUAUAAAAUAAACUUUGUUUAAAAUGUACGCGAAAGGAAAGGGGUCGACGGUACCAUCAGAUGCACAGGCCAGAGAAAAGUUGGCAUUGUACGUGUACGAAUAUUUACUCCACGUUGGUGCACAAAAAGCAGCACAAACAUUUUUAUCAGAGGUAUGUUUACAUAUCCGUUACCAAAUACAGGUUAAAUAAAAGUAUUUGUUGUUAACGAAAAACGAUUAAUUUUAGAUUCGAUGGGAGAAAAACAUCACAUUAGGAGAACCACCGGGAUUUUUACAUUCGUGGUGGUGCGUAUUUUGGGAUUUAUAUUGCGCUGCCCCUGAAAGGCGAGAUACAUGCGAACAUUCUUCAGAAGCAAAAGCUUUUCAUGAUUACGGUUUUGUGAACUCUGGAUAUGGAGUCAACGGAAUCGCACAUAACACUGGCCCAGCCCCAAGUCCGCUGGCUCAAAUGCCACCAGCAGAUGGAAUGCCUAGUGGUCCAUUACCCCCAGGUUUCUUUCCUAACUCGACGCUACGUCCCUCACCACCAACUCAUCCUUCGAGUCAACCCUCACCUCAUUCUCAACCUCCCCCUCCCCAUUCACAGAUAAUGACGCAACAGCCCUUCAUGGGGCCCAGAUACCCAGCGGGGCCCAGACCUGGAGUCCGGAUGCCGCAGAUAGGCAGCGAUUUCAAUGGACCCCCAGGACAACCGUUAAUGCCCAAUAACAUGGAUCCUACAAGACAAGGUGAAGGCGGAGAGUUUGUAGGUUGGCAAGGUCCGCCGACUGCUAUGAACAGGAUGAACCCGCCUAGAGGGCCCUCGAUGGGACCUUUGGGACCGGGCACGUAUGGCCCUGGUCUCAGGGGGCCUCCGCCCAAUAGCAGCUUAGGACCCGGAGGUCCUAUGCCGCCUAUGACCAUGACAGGACCUGGAGGACGACCGCAGUGGCAGCCAAAUACGUCUACGCCGAUGAACUACUCGUCUUCAUCUCCCGGAAACUACGGGGGGCCACCGGGUUCAGGAGGACCAGCCGGACCGGGGACCCCCAUCAUGCCCAGUCCUCAGGACUCCAGCAAUUCGGGUGGAGAAAACAUGUACACGCUGAUGAAACCUGCAGUCGCAGGGAACAUGCCCGGUGACUUUCAGAUGGGAGGGGGUCCCGAUGGAGGGGGCCCCAUGGGGCCUAUGGGGCCCAACUCCAUGGGGCCUAAUUCGCCAGCUAAUGGUGGUCCAGGGACCCCCAGGGAAGAUAGUGGUAGUGGAAUGGGCGAUUACAAUAUAGGGUUUGGCGGACCAGGCGAAAACGACCAAACGGAAUCAGCCGCUAUAUUGAAAAUAAAAGAGAGCAUGCAAGAAGAGGCCAAGAGGUUUGAGAAAGACUCGGACCAUCCUGAGUACUUUAUGCAAUAAACCCUCGCCUCUUGCGCGCUGGUGGACGCCUCUUCUUCCUUCCUAACCUAACUAACCUCGGGGGUGGUGUGCUCGUACUCAGCUCUUCGAUCCUCCAGUUCAACGACUACACUAGUCACGAGUUAUGUUCUGUUUGCAGAUCUUCCUAUGAGCCAGAGCUGAGAUAGAGCAACCCGAACCCUGUGUACCGGACUACUUAUUGGACAUGUGCGCCAACUCUGUGCUGGGGGACAUGUAAAUUCGCCCCAAAAAGGUAACCCCCGCUUAAAGCUAUCUCGCUCACACUAGUUUACACCGCUUCGGACUUAAGGACCCCUCAAGCGCCAAAUGCAUAAUCGUUUCUUGAGGCAUAUUCAUUGUGAAGUCGUCUUAUUUGCCUGAUCUUGCACUCUGUAGACUCUAGCGCCUCCAUAUUACCUCUGGAACCUACGCCUACGCACGGCAACAAAGAGACCUCAGAAUCGCACAAGGCUCAUUGAGACAAAGUUCCUGUCUCCCAUCUGUCAAGACUGUCAAAGCAAGUAAGACGACUUGAUAUGUUCAAGUGAAGCAUUAGGCCCAAAGUCACGUUCUCACCGAUCAACUAGCAAUAUGGCCACAGUACGUUCGGUUUAGCCAGUGUGAUAAAAUUUGAAGUUGGCCAUACUGGGAACUGUUUGCUAAGCCGAUGCGCUGUUGCCAUAAUUUCUAGAAUGUUUUUUGAAUUGCGUGAUUUAACCUGGAGCGGUAUAAACGUCUAUUGGAAUGUUCUUUUUUUUUGGGUCGUGUAACAAUGUAGAACUAUCCAAUAUGAAAACGUGGAUCUGUCACGUGCAGAAACAAUAUCUUGCUUUUUGCUCAUUACUGGCCAAGGAUACAGGCCGAUUUAUGAACUCGUUAUCGUUCCAGUUGGCGUUCAAGUUAAAAGUUAGGCAAUCUGUAUAAACAUAUAUAAACUUUUGUCGUUCGUCGUAGCCGUUGGUUGUUCGACUUGGCCAAUUCUCAACUUUUGCAGUUGCAGUCUUCCUCAAAAUCUGAUAGUACUCAUUAGAAAAGCGUUGACUGACAGGUUUACUUCCUGGAUCCAUUUCAUUUAGACUUUUAUGAACAUUUUUGCACUAAUGCUAGUUGUGAUAAUCACAAUAACGAAGUACCACAUUGAGAUUGAGGUUUUGUUACCCUAAGUUCCUGACAAUUUUCAGUUGCAUUUGGGAGUUUAUAAAUUGAUACUGAACUGCAACGACCAACUACCGACCGCGACUUUAUAAAUGGGCUUUACUUUGUCUUCUAAUGAGCUUAAAAAGAUCGCUUUAUGGUCCGGAAACUAGAAUCGAUUUGGCCCAGGAAUUAUAUAGUGGGGCAGAAUUAAUUUUUUUAUUUGGGGGCGAAGUUGCAUCGUUUUAUCUUCACAGGCACCACAAGUCAUAGUCCACCGGCAUUAACUAUUUAAUAUAAACCAGAUUGGAACGGGAAUUAUUUUUUCUCGAAUAGCCAUUGAGGUGUGCAGAAAUUGGACGAAACCUUUCAUUUUGAAUAACCCGAUGUAAUUUUCAAAACUCCCUGCAGAAAUAUAUGGGUUUUUGAUCAAACGAGUUUUCGUUCCAUCUGUAUACAGGCUGACUGUCCUGUCACGGAAAACAUCUUUGUUCUGUAUAAUGUUUAAUUUUCCACUGACGUACGGGAAUAAUCGAAGUGCGCCAUUAUCUAUAUUCCUAGAAGCAUAAAUGCGUCAAAUUAACGUCGCUUCAAGACGUCCAUGGAACGUUAUUUCGAAACGUUAAAAUGACGUCAUUAUAAUAUAUAUAUAUAUAUAUAUAUAUAUAUAUAUAUAUAUAUAUGCUAGUAGGGACGUUUGGUGCUGAAAGGAUUAUUCUGUACGCUAUUGUUUUUUAUCAGUUAAAGUGGCUGACUAACAGUUAAUUUUUUAUUUAUAUAUUUUUAUCGGUGUCUUCGUUGUUUUAUAUCGGUUUUGUUCUCAAUAUUUUUUUAAUUGGUGUCUGAUCCAUACCAUUUUGGGUAUAUCUUAACAAUCACGACUUUAUGCUGAAAAUUUUUAAUUAAGAACUUCUUCACGUGUUUAUUCUUAGCUGAUGUUUUUUGUAAUUUCUUGAAUUAUCUACGCCAUUCAUUUAUUUAUCUUUUUCUGAUGUAAUCAUUUAUUCAUCCUGAAUGUUGUUCUGGAAAUUAAAUCGAUUUUAAUUGUAGACAAAAAAUAAUUUAGAUAGGUACAUAAUUUUGGAAAUGUAGCAUACUGAACUUAGAAAAAUAAUUUAAAGAAAAUACGGAUGUCUUUAGAGCGCGCCCAAAGUAUACUCUGGGCUUUAUGUUACUUCUAGGUAAAAAAAAAACACCACUUGAAUCCCAUAUUUGUAAUGUUUGAGGCGUUUUUAGAUCGAGAAGUGUAUAAAGAGAUUAGUAUUGUGGCUAUUGUAGGUAAAUUUACUGAUAUGUCUAAAAUGUAACGAAACAUCACAAAUAUAGACGUGAAGUUAUUUAAAAAUUAUUUAAUUUAUAGGUAUUUUGACCUAAGAACAACAUUCAUGAUACAACAAUGAUAAAGGGUGUAUCAAAAUUCCGAAGUACAUAAUUGAACCUCAAAAAAGGGUCGUAAUCUCGAAAAUAUGUGUCUUGGCACUGUAGGUUUAUUUUCUAUAAAGGAUUCAUUACCGCUUUCGAAAAAUAAAUGUCUACACUUCGUUCAGUAAAGUGGUAUAGACUCCUUUAUACCAGCUAAGAGUAUUUUCUAUUUACACUGUUGUAAUUUGUAAUAUAUACGUAUUUAUACUUAUUUAUGUAAUUUUUUUUGACUAGGGAACAAAAAAGCAGUCAUCCUGUAUCGAAAUUUUUUGUUACCAUUUCUAUAAAAAAAAAAUUGCAUGUGUCUACAUUCCGAGCUAUACAGAUCCGAAAAUUACUCUACAACCAGUAUGAAACAUCACAGUAAAGAAUUUAAGGGAACAGAUUUUUCUGAUCUGUGUUGCCAUCAUUAUUGUCAUGUCUAUGUGUACAUACAAUAGUUAAAAAAGGAGUCCACAAGCUCUUAACAGUUAUUGUAAUUUGAUUGGAUCCGCAGGUUUGUGUAGCAGUCAUCAUUUUUGUCGUAAAAAACCGAUUGGUGUCUGCAAAAUGAUAUGUCUACCGAUAUAAGACGCACUAAAACACCAGGGAGUCAAUCGUUCACAUUUUUUCAUAAAAAAACUGAUAAGGAUCCCCAAUCCACCCAUUUUUUUUUCAAGGCGAUUUCUGCAUAUCGACUAUGUGUUUUGCAGGCAUCAAUCCAAUCUUGCAAGUAAGAUAUUUCGUUGACAGAAGCAUCUUUCUCGCAUUAUAGAUAACUUUCCAUCUAAAAGGAUAUUUCAGAUGUGUUGCCCAUAUUUGCAAGUGAUUUUUUUAGAAAUAUCCUUUUUAUUCAUUUUUUGGGACAUCCUGUAUAUAUUUUCGGCGAGAUGUUACGUGAAAUUUUAUCUCUAUUUAAUUUCAGAAAUUUUUGAGUCGGAAGUUUUAUGAGUGUUCCGAUAUGUGGCAACUUUGCUAAUUCUGUCCCUGUAUGUAUUUCUAAUUUUGUGGAAAUGAUAUGUUACUGUCUUAACCUGUAAAUUUAUGUUCUUCAAUCUAUGUACCUUUCCACCUGUUUUUUUUUAUUUCUCACUGUUUUUACGAUCUUUGGACCGUCGUUAGUAUAAGGAAAUCGUUUAUUUAUAAAUUUUGUCUUAAAAAUAUAUACUUAAAUGAGUUAUUAGAGUAUUACUUUCAUGGAUGUGCGUAUGAAUGUGCUGUUUGAAAUGUGAUAUGAAAUUAAUGUGAAAACAUGGAAUCAUUUACUAUUGUUUUCUUUUUUGUAUGGA